CCGCGUGCGCCGCCGCAAAACAAAGACAUGCGCCGUCCCGCGUCGCCGGCCAGCGUCGCCGUCACCAUGCUGCUGCUGUUGCCCCACCUGCUGCUGCUACUGUCGCUGGCCGCGCGGACCGCCGACGGGAACCCCGCCGACAUGGCCAUGCACACUCGGCGACACAAACUUGCGCGCAGCAAUCGGCCAGCAGCGCGGCGCCCAUCGACAUCAUCCAGCAGGUCACGUGACAACUCCGUAUACGUAGGAGCAAAGAUGAUUGACUACCUGGAGAAGUUUGGGUACAUCGCCCCUCCUCGGAACGGCACGGCGGCGUUGCGGUCCCAGCAGGCUCUUGUGGACGCCGUCAAGGACUUCCAGCGCUUCGCGGGACUCAGGGUCACCGGGCGCGUGGACAACGAGACGGCGACCAUGAUGCAGCUCCCUCGAUGCGGGGUCAAGGACAAGGUCGGCUACGGCCUGGAGGCUCGGCGCCGCCGCCGCCGCUACACGCUGCAGGGCUCCAAGUGGGCCAGCACCGAGCUCUCGUACCGCAUCAGCAAGUACCCGCGUCGCUUCAAGGACCGCAACGCCGUCGACAAGGAGAUCGCCAGGGCAUUCAAGAUGUGGGCCGACGUGUCCCCGCUGACGUUCACGCACAAGAAGACCGGUCCCGUGAACAUCGACAUCCAGUUCGUGCGCGGGGAGCACGGUGACGGAGACCCCUUCAACGGUCCAGGAGGAACCCUGGCGCACGCCUUCUUCCCGCGCUACGGGGGCGACGCUCACUUCGACGACGAAGAGAAAUGGACCAUCGGGGAGCACGGAGGCGUGAACCUGUUCCAGGUGGCGGCCCACGAGUUCGGCCACUCUCUAGGCCUGUCCCACUCCGACGUUCGACGCUCCCUCAUGGCUCCCUUCUACCGCGGCUACGAGCCGGGAUUCACGCUGGACCGCGAUGACAUCGACGGCAUCCAGUCGCUCUACGGAGCCGUGCACAGGACGACCAAGACGCCCAGCCGAGGCAGCCGCAGGCCCGCCCAGCCCGGUCCGGACCUCUGCCAGGACGCGUCCAUCGACGCCGCCACCAGGACCGAGGACGGCAGUUCCUACGUCUUCAAAGGCGACUAUUACUGGAAGAUUGAGACAGACGGUAUUGGUGACGGUUAUCCUCGAAAGAUCUCCGACGACUGGAGCGGUCUGCCCGGCAAUCUGGAUGCCGCUCUCACUUGGUCCGACGGAAAAACUUUCUUCUUCAAGGGCAACAACUACUGGAGGUUCCGCAACAAGGAGAAGAGCUCCGGCUACCCACAGCGCAUCAACGUGGGCUUCCAGGGCAUUCCGGCCAGCGUGGACGCCGCGCUCGUCUGGAGCGGCAACGGCAAGACGUACUUCUUCAAGGGCGACCAGUACUGGCGCUACGACAGUCGCAGCGAGGUGCCCGUCAGCGACCGCUACCCGCAGCCCAUCAGCAACUGGAACGGCAUCCCGGGACACUUGGACGCCGCCUUCCAGUGGCAGAACGGAUACUCGUACUUCUUCAAGGGCGGCAACUACUACAGGUUCAACGACAAGGACUUUGGGGUGGACCAGGGCAACCCCCCCUACCCACGUGCCACCUCCGUCUGGUGGUUCGACUGCAAGGCCAUGUCGAGCGCGAUGGCGGCGCAACGGGCCUCUUCUCGACGCAAUCCCGAGAGCGCAACAGCGCACGUGCUCGACCGCACAGAGGCGCCCUUGGCCGCGAGACUUCCAUCGCACCCGCAAGGACUCCAGGUAGACGCCGCACCGGUAGCAGGGGAGACUGGUCCCGUGACCCGACCAGUGCCCGAGGACUCCUCCAACGACGCGGCACGGACUGUCAGCGCGUGCUCCUGGGCGCUGCUAGUGGCGGUGGUGGCCCUUCGGCUGCUCUGAGUUCUCUUGCACUGCCUCAGGGAGAGGCGAACCAAAGACUGACGACGAGGGUGCGGGUCGCCUUCGGCCACCCGCCCGGCUGGCCCGGGGUUCAGAUCCCGCGAGAACACGGGGCCGGGCCUGAGGGUGCCCGCGACUCAGAGGCCCCGGGACCCCCAAACUGCCCACGCGGCGCGUGUGAUGUGUGUGUCUCCAAGGACGGUGCUGUGAACUGUGCGCCAUCGAGAUGCGCCCCGCGGAUAGGGCGCUGCCAUCUUUUUCCAAGUAAAGUCAUUGCUCAUGAGUA